CUCGGCAGUCAGUCAAUAGGAGGGAAGGUCAGCGCUCACUACGUAUAUUGCUAUUAGGCGCUUUGCGCGUGCGCACUCGCCGGCUGCUGCACUGGUACCGCGGGCACGAAAUUUCCAACAAAAAUGUUGAUUUUAACGUCUCAUUGAUUUAAAGUGUUAUCAAAGGAAGCUCUAGGACACAUUACCAAUUAAGUUAUUUUUUUUUAAUAUUUUUUUAUAUCACAACAUAAAAAAUGGUCAGUGGAAACAAGGAUCCUAGUAAACCUAAUAAAAUACCACCUAGAAAUCGUGAGAAGAAAAGCAACAAUUACUUGCGUGCUAAUUUUCUGUCGCGAAUAUGGUUCGUCUGGAUGAUGCCGACGUUCUGGCGAGGGUUCAAACGGGAUCUGUACGACUCAGACCUAACAAAACCUAAGGAGAACCAUCACUCUGAUAAGCUCGGCGACCGUCUUGAAAAGAAAUGGCUGGAAGAGGUCGCGUUAGCAAACAAGCAGGGUCGGAAACCAUCUCUUCUGCGCGCUAUGACUAAAGCUUUUUGGAUGAGUUAUGCACCUUCAGGAAUCAUGUUCUUUAUACAAGCAUUGCUGCUGAAACCAUUUCAACCCGUUGCAUUAAGCAUGAUGUUAUGGUACUGGGAGCCUGGUUCGGACAUGCCAUACGAACAAGCAGUGUACUGUGCCACGGCAGUGAUCCUAAUGUCGCUGCUGAUAGCAUUUCUUAACCACCACGGUACAUAUUCAACACAACAAUUUGGAAUGAAACUACGUAUCGCUGCUUGUUCACUCAUUUACAGAAAGGUAAUGCGUAUGAGCUCCGGCGCUUUAGCGCAGACAACAGCCGGCCAAGUGGUAAAUCUUCUAUCAAACGACGUAAACCGUUUCGACUACGCCUUCAUUUAUACUCACUUCAUUUGGUUGCUGCCUCUUCAAGUGGUCCUGAUCUGCUAUCUCAUUUACAUUAAAAUCGGCUAUGCAGCUGUUGUUGGAGUCGUCGGUAUUGUGCUGCAAACCAUACCAGUCCAAUCUUACAUGAGCAAAUUAGCUGCAAGGUUAAGAUUGAACACUGCCUGUAAAACUGACGAGCGAGUGCGCAUUAUGGACGAAAUUAUUAAUGGAAUGCAGGUAAUAAAAAGGUACGCAUGGGAAAAACCUUUCGAGCAAGUGGUAGCGACAGCUCGUAAAAAUGAGAUCAACUGCAUUACACAAGCUUCAUAUCUGAGAGGGGUAUACCUGAGCUUCAUGGUGUUCACAGAACGACUCACCCUAUACAUCACUCUACUGUCUUACUCUUUAUUCGGUUUUCAAGUUACUGCUGACAUUGCAUUCCCGAUGGCACAAAUGUUCAACAUUCUCCAAUGUACCCUAGCCGUCAUGCUGCCGAACUCUCUUUCGUUAUGCAUGGAGGCUCUAACAUCUAUUCGUCGUAUAGAGGCCCUCUUAUUGCUCGACGAAAGAGAAGACCUGCGCGGUGUGCCUGGUGUGGAUAUCGCGAAACUCGUCGAAAGCGUGGAGAAUAGAAAGGCCAAAAAUUUAAGUGAAGUGGAUCUAGUUACUAACACUUUCAAAAAAAUAGACGAAGAGGGAAUAUUGAAUCAUGGUUUUGAUAACACAGAAAAAGGUUUGAUGAAACAGACAUAUAAUACUCCAAUUAAUUCAGACAUAGGUAUACUCAUUCAGGAUGUCUGUGCUAAUUGGACCGAAAACGGUCCUGUUAGUCUGAAGAAUUUGAACAUCACCGUGCCGAAAGGAAAACUGUGUGCUAUAAUAGGUUCCGUCGGAUCUGGAAAGAGUUCUGUCCUGCAAUUACUACUAAACGAAUUGCGAGCAACAAGCGGUCGCAUACAUUUAAGCGGGCCGAUAUCAUACGCUUCUCAGGAGCCUUGGCUCUUCGUCACAACUGUUCGACAGAAUAUACUAUUUGGACUACCUUAUAACGCUAAGAAAUACAAAGAGGUAGUGAAAGUGUGUGCACUGCUUAAAGAUUUCCAACAAUUUCCGCACGGCGACCAAACUCUGGUCGGUGAAAGAGGGGCCUCCCUUUCGGGCGGUCAGAGAGCUCGCAUAAAUCUUGCCAGAGCGGUUUACAGACAAGCCGACAUUUACCUGCUGGACGACCCGCUGUCGGCGGUGGACGCCCACGUGGGCCGCCAGCUGUUCGACGAAUGCAUAAACGGAUACCUGCGGCACACCACCCGCGUCCUCAUCACACAUCAACUGCACUAUCUCAAGGCAGCCGAUUACAUAGUCAUCAUGAAUAAUGGCACCGUAGAAGCACAUGGUACAUAUAACGAGCUGGCGACUUCUGGCAAAGAUUUUGCGAAGCUCCUAUCUGCAACUCACGAUGAAAACGAGGAAAACCUUGAACAUAUUCCACCAAUGUCCAGAAGGACAUCUGCCAGAUUGUCAACAACACGACGACCGUCCCUCACGGAGUCGACAUGCGAGGUGCCUGCGCAGGAGAUGGAAGAGGAGGAGCGGGAGUCCGGCUCCAUGAGCUGGCGCGUGUACAACGCGUACCUGCGGGCCGGGGGGCGCGCCGGCCGCCUCAUAUUUAUGUUCAUGUUGCUAGUUAUAGGACAGCUCUCUGCAACACUAUGCGAUUAUUGGGUGACUUUCUGGACCAACCAGGUGACACGGAUGAAAGAAAAAGAAAGCAACGCCACCAACAGAGACUAUGACCACAUAGUUCCUACAAAUAAUUCCACAUUCGACGUCUCUACGUACUUCUCCGGAAUUGAACUCAGAUCUGACUUGGACAUUCACGCAUACAUCGGACCAUUGGACACGGCCCAGUAUUUAUACGUGUACACGGCCCUUAUAAUCUGCUGUAUCUUCUUCAUCACCGCGCGAGCGUUCAUGUUCUUCAAGGUGUGCAUGACGGCCUCGCGGAACCUUCACAACAACAUGUUCCACUCUAUGCUCCGAGGCGUGAUGCGGUUCUUCGACUCUAAUUCAUCAGGGCGAAUACUGAACAGAUUCUCGAAGGACAUCGGUGCGCUCGACGAACUCCUACCGCGGUUUCUUCUGGAGUGUAUACAGAUAUACCUGGUCAUGUUCAGCAUACUGGCGCUGAAUGCAGCAGCUCUCGUCUGGACGUUGUUACCAACUACGAUCAUCUUACUACUUUUCUACACUAUCCUACAAAUUUACUUGAAGUCUGCGCAUUCUAUCAAACGAUUGGAAGGAACGACACGAAGUCCAGUAUUCUCGCACAUGUCGGCGACGCUGAACGGCAUCAGCACUAUCCGUUCGUCAGGCGCGCAGCAGAGGCUCAUUGAUGACUUCGACAAAUUCCAGGAUAUCCACACGUCGACCUGGAGCAGCUACCUGGCGAGCGGCGUCACGCUCGGCUUCUGGCUCGACUUCAUCUGCGUGUUGUACCUCGCUAUAGUCAUCGUUGCCUUCCUGGUCAUCGAUAGCAAAACAAUAUUUUCUGGCAACGUGGGUCUCGCGAUAUCGCAGACGCUCAUUCUGACGGGCAUGCUGCAAUUCGGCGCACGGCAGACGGCCGAGGUGAUCUCCCAGAUGACCAGCGUCGAGCGCAUCCUGCAGUACACGCACAUCGACCGGGAGCCGCAGUGGGAUCAGGGAUCACAAGAAAUACCCAAAGGCUGGCCGUCUCGGGGCCGCCUCGAGUUCCGCAACUGCUACAUGAAGUAUUCGCCUGAAGCAUUGCCCGUUCUUAAAAAUCUUAACUUAGUUAUUGAAAGUGGUUGGAAGGUCGGUAUAGUAGGUAGGACGGGUGCCGGCAAAUCUUCUCUCAUCUCGUCGCUGUUCCGCCUCGCCAUCGUCGAGGGAGAAGUACUUAUUGAUGACGUCGAGACUGGAACACUGUCACUACAGGGGCUACGGUCGAAGAUAUCAAUAAUCCCACAAGAGCCAGUGCUUUUUUCCGCCACAGUCCGGUACAACUUGGACCCCUUCAACAACUACGAUGACCAACAGCUGUGGCAAGCACUUGAAGCUGUUGAUUUGAAAGCAGCAGUGCCAACGUUAGACUUCAAAGUAUCGGAGGGCGGAUCCAACUUCUCGCUGGGACAGCGGCAGCUGGUGUGCCUGGCGAGGGCCAUACUACGCGGCAACCGUAUCCUCGUAUUGGACGAGGCCACUGCCAACGUUGAUCCUAAAACCGAUGAAUUUAUCCAAAGAACAAUAAGGAAACGUUUCGCGGACUGCACCGUGCUGACGGUGGCGCACCGACUGAACACCAUCAUGGACUCGGACCGCGUUAUGGUGAUGGACUCCGGCCAACUGGUGGAGUUCGACCACCCGUACAACUUGCUCAACAAGCCCGACGGCUACUUCACCAAAAUGGUCAAGGAGACCAACGAGAAAAUGUCGACGCAACUCUACCAAAUCGCGAAAAACACAUACCUUAGCAAUGGCGGCGUCAUAGAAUAGUCCACCAUAGUUAAGUUUAAUUUUAAGGCAUUGUUUUCUCUGUUAGGUCUUCAAAUUAGAAGCAAGUAUAAAAAUGUUGUUACGUUACAAAAUCGUAUUCCAAUAUAUCUAAUUUGUAAAUAGUAUUUCAAUAUUUUGUGCAAUUGAAAAAAAAUCAUAUCAGAAGAGAUUUGAAUCUACUUAUACGCUACGCCAGGGCGUUGCUCUUUCUUACCAGUUGAAAUAGCUUAUUGGAAUAUAAUUUUGUUAUUUUAAUAAUAUUUCUGUAAGAAUUUGUAAUUAAUAAAAUUACCAUCUAAAAUAUAAAACGAAUGUUUAAAAAAAUACCUACUUCCUAGCUACACCUGUGUUGAUAAUUAUCCUUUUAUCAGAUAUUUAUUGUAGGUACAUUAUAAAAAGAACACAUGGCUGAAAUUAUAAUUUUAAUAAAUAAUGGAUGAGCUGAUCAAUAUCACAAUCAACUUAACAACAACAACGUAUUAUCUCUAAAGAUUUCAGUCAUAAUCUAAGAGCCUUCCAUUGAAUAAUGAACGUAGGACUAUUACAUUUAUAUAUAUAUCAUUAAAUUAUUAGAUAAGAUAAAUAUGUAAUGCCGACAUUAUUUUGUAUUUUUACAAAUAAACUACAAACAGAUUUCUAUUUUAUUCCAACCUAACUUAAGAAAUGUAUAAAUGAUUAAUUAAUUAAUGUAAGUAUAGCUGUUAAUAAAAUAGAAUGAAGAAUUUAUUUA